GCUGCACCGGAAACAGAAUCACCGGAAGUGUUGGGGAACCCAGCAGCUGGUCAGCAAACAUGAAAACAGAAGAAAAUAGGCCCGAAGGCACUGAAGUAACGAUGGAUGAUGUUAAAAAUCUUGUUAAGAAGAAAGACGAAAUAGAGGAACAAAUACAAGCUUAUUACGAUGUUUUAGAAGACCAGGGUGUCGGAGUCGAAGGUCCCCUGGUUGACGACGAGGGCUACCCCCGUGCAGAUGUCAAUUUGUACCAAAUCAGAGCAGCAAGGCACAAUAUUUCAUGUCUGCAGAAUGAUCACAAAGCCAUCAUGGCAGAGAUAGAAGAAGCCCUGCACAAGCUGCACGCUCGGGAGAAGGCCAAGCAGGAACAGGAUGCUACUGAAGCCCAGGAGGAAGCGAUGGAGCAGCAGGUCACCCUACCUCCUCCUUUUGCACGAGUGGAUGCUGUGACCGAAGGCUCGCCUGCCUCUGGGGCUGGUCUCAGAGUAGGAGAUGAAGUCAUCGAGUUUGGAUCGGUAAACACAGGAAACUUUCAGAACCUCCAGAACAUUGCUUCUGUGGUGCAGCACAGUGAAGGGAAACCAUUACGUGUUGGAGUGAUCAGGGCUGGCCAAAAAGUUCAGAUGAAUUUGACUCCACAGAGGUGGUCUGGCAGAGGUCUGCUGGGAUGCAACAUUGUUCCUGUUCAGCGGUAAUCUACAGAACUGUGUUGUAUUUAUGUACAAGAAUCUCAUCUUUGACUUAUCUUUCCUGAGUGCUUUUACACUGACUUUAUAAUUAUUACUGCAGAAAUAUUGAUGCUUUUUUGUUUCAAUUUAAAUAUUUCCUCCGUUCGAAAGCUGCUCUGAGGACUGAAUAUGUAAAAGGUGGCACAGACACAGUGAAUCCACUGGAUGAGAGAAGUGGGACACUGACUGAUCCUGGAUGUGAAAGAACUCCACCUGUAUUAUUCCUGCAGUCUGUUCGAAAAUGUUUCAUCUUGUGUACAAUUUAUUUUGGGUUGAAUAAAGUAGUGAACAAACAUCUGUGAGAAUAUUUGAUCUUAUAAUGGAUAAAAGCU